GUCACACGACUGCUUUCUUCUAUUUCAAGAGGGAGCAGAGCGUUUUGUUGAGCGAAAGAGGGAAGAACGAUGUCGUACUUGCUACCGCACUUGCACUCAGGCUGGGCCGUCGAUCAAGCCAUCCUCGCCGAGGAGGAACGUCUCGUUGUCAUCCGCUUCGGCCAUGAUUGGGAUGAAACUUGUAUGCAGAUGGAUGAAGUACUUGCUUCCGUUGCUGAGACGUUAAAGAACUUUGCAGUGAUAUACUUGGUUGAUAUCACGGAAGUGCCGGACUUCAACACGAUGUAUGAGCUUUACGACCCAUCAACGAUAAUGUUCUUCUUCAGGAACAAACACAUCAUGAUUGAUCUCGGUACGGGUAACAACAAUAAGAUCAACUGGGCUAUGAAGGACAAACAGGAAUUCAUAGACAUCGUUGAGACCGUGUACCGUGGGGCCCGGAAGGGUCGUGGUUUGGUCAUUGCACCUAAAGACUAUUCCACCAAGUACCGUUACUAAAACCCCGAACCGUGUCGUAAAAUCAAAACCGAUAAAACUGGUUGUGACCUCAUUGAAAUCAGUGGUCUUUAUGUAUUCAUUGAAUUGGGUUCACUUUUGCACCUUUGAAUAUGUUGCUUGUGUUUUCAUGUUGAAUGCUACUGCUACUGCUACUGUUUGUGUGUAUUGAGCUGCUGUUAAUGUUAUGUUUUAAGCAGGGUUCUAAAGUAACAGU